AUGUUUAUUUUAUUAACCACCUUUCUGUUUUCCUUUUUUUGUUACAUUUUUGUGUGUACUUCUUUGAUAUUAAUCUCACGCUUGUUGUUACAUGUGUAG